GCCGCUCGGCUAAAAGGUUUGCCGAACUUUGCCGCAUCCCGCUCCGAACACCCUAACUCCUCCCUAACGCUUGUUUAACUCUAAAAAAUGUAGAAGACACAAUGCAAAUUGGUGACAUCGAAAUCAGUGAACCACAUGUAGCAGUCGGUAUUUCCAGCUACUGAACUGCAAAAGUACAAUCAUUUUGUAAACAGUCUUCAUGAAUCACAAGCUACACUUUCACCAUUCCCAAUCCAAUAAGAUUCUUCAAGAAUUCCAUAUUUCCAUAAAGGUAACAACCCCUUUUCAUCUCCUCCUUUUUCUUAAACAAAAUCACUGCACAACACAAAGAUAAUGCACAUUAUCACGUCCACACCUCCAUUAUCUUCAUCAUUCAACCACUCACCAUGCUUAUUUCAUGACACAUUAUUGCCCAAAUGUAGCUGUUCUUGUUCUUAUUCUUGUUCUUGCUGCUGUUAUGCUGCUAAUAUCUCAGUGCAUGAUAGAUUGGCCACUGUAAACCCUAGGUUUUUACAUAAGGGGUUAAGCCAAUCAGCCUUGAUUCAGUCAUCACUUUGUAAAAGAUUCAUUUUUCAAGGUGGGUUUAGAAAAUAUUAUAAAAAUAUUUAUGGGUUUUCAUCUUUUGAUGAUCUUGAUGAAAGUUAUUAUGAAAAGGUGUGUGCUUUUAAAGAAAGGCAGAGGGGUUUUGUGCAGAAGAAGAAAGAACAUAUUUUGAGUAAUGUGGUUGAUGAUUGUGAGGUUAUGCUUAGUUUGAUAACUGAUGAAGUGGGUUUGGAGUGUACUGAUGUUAAGAACAGAAAAAAGAUUACUAAAGAAAAGAAAAGUGUAGGUUUAGGGGUUGUGAAAAUGAAGUCUUUAAAGGAAAGUGAGAAUCUUGAUUUGAGAAAAGAAGGUUCUUUUGGUGAGUCAGAGGGUAAUAAAGAUUUUGAGGUCAAAUCUGAUUGUUAUUACGUUGGUCAAACGUCAUCGAGCGCGUAUAAGAAUGAUUCGAGAAAAGAUUGUACUGAUGGAGUUGUGAAAAUGAAGUAUUUGAAGGAAAGUGAGAAUCUUGAUUUGGGAAAAGAAGGUUCUUUUGGUGAGUCAGAGGGUAACAAGGAUUUUGAGGUCAAAUCUGAUUGUUAUUAUGUUGGUCAAACGUCAUCGAGCGCGUAUAAGAAUGAUUCGAGAAAAGAUUGUAUUGAUGGAGUUGUGAAAAUGAAGUAUUUGAAGGAAAGUGAGAAUCUUGAUUUGAGAAAAGAAGGUUCUUUUGGUGAGUCAAAGAGUAAUAAAGAUUUUGAGGUCAAAUCUGAUUGUUAUUAUGUUGGUCAAACGUCAUCGAGCGCGUAUAAGAAUGGUUCGAGAAAAGAUUGUGUUGAUGGAGUUGUGAAAAUGAAGUAUUUGAAGGAAAGUGAGAAUCUUGAUUUGGGAAAAGAAGGUUCUUUUGGUGAGUCAGAGGGUAACAAGGAUUUUGAGGUCAAAUCUGAUUGUUAUUGUGUUGGUCAAAUGUCGUCGAGCGAGUAUAAGAAUGAUUUGAGAAAAUAUUGUAAAGGUCGUAUUGAUAAAGUUGUGAAAAUGAAGUCUUUACAGGAAAGUGAGAAUCUUGAUUUGAGAAAAGAAGGUUCUUUUGGUGAAUCAGAGGUUAAUAAAGAUUUUGAGGUCAAAUCUGAUUGUUAUUAUGUUGGUCAAACGUCAUUGGGCGAGUAUAAGAAAGAUUUGAGAAAAGACGGUAAAGGUCGUAACGAUGGAGUUGUGGGGAAGAUCGAAAGACGACAAGAAUCUGUUCGAGAACCAGAGGGAUUAUUGGAGAAGGAUAAUGUAAAUGGAUGUUAUGGAGUCUCUGUUGGUGCAAGUCAACGCGAGUCAAACGUGUCAUCAGAUUGGAGAAAGAAAUCAGAAAAGAAGCCGAACAAAGAGUCAAGUCAACACGUGUCAAACGCUUCUGCGAAUAUUGAGCCGUGUUGUAGGAAACAUAGCGAUGAGAUCUUUAAUAUAACGGAUGAAACGGGGUCAAGAAUGAAGUAUAAACGGUUUACAGAUACGUCGAACAACGAUAACAGUGUUGUCGAAUCAACUUUCACCACAGAAAAUAAGUUAACAGUGAUUCCAGAAGCCAUGGUUUCCAAACCAACAAGUACUGAAGAUAACAAGGAUGAUGGUUCAGGAACUUGUGGUCAAAAGGAUGGUGGUUCAAGACACUCGUCUCAAGGGUCUGGACCGAAGGGACCAUCGGAUGAGAUGUGGCAUGUGACCGAUGCAUCUACCCAAGAACCCUCUGAACCAGAUAACACAGUUCAAACUUCUGGUUCAAGUGAAAACGGCGAACCCGUCAAGACCGGUAACAGGUCGUUGUGGACUGUUAUCGGAGACAUGGUUCGACUGCAAUGGAAACCUUCACGGUCUGGAUCCCAUACUCCAACCUCAGGUGGUGCAAAGGGUUCAUCGUGUUUCUCGACUAGUAGCGAAACAUGGUUUUCUAGCCGCGAACCAGAUGAUUCCAAUGAUGAAGAUGUUAAAAAAAGUAUCAUAAAAGGUUUAGAUUCAUCAUUACCCGAGGGACCGUCAAGGAAAACUUGUUUACCGAUGAUCAAGGAGUCGUCGUUUUCUUUAAAAAGAUCUCCCAAAAUCAAGAAUACGGUAAAAACCGAUCCAGAUCAGUUGACUGAAUUAAAAAGACGGAAACUUGUACACAAAGAUCAAGUCUUUAAAGACGAUUUCGAUAAAUGGGAAGAAACAUAUAAUCUUGAAAAUGAGCGACAAAAAGAAGAUGAAAUGUUCAUGAAGGAAGCUUUAUUGGAAGCUAAACGGGCUGCUGAUGUAUGGGAGGUGCCUGUAGGGGCUGUUCUUGUGAAGGACGGUAAAAUUAUCGCUCGCGGAUAUAAUAUGGUAGAACAAUUGCAGGACUCCACUGCCCAUGCUGAGAUGAUUUGUAUACGUAAAGCCUCAACCGUUUCAAGCUCAUGGAGACUUUCGGAUACUACUCUUUAUGUAACACUUGAACCAUGUCCCAUGUGUGCUGGAGCAAUCCUUCAAGCAAGGAUUCACACGGUUGUUUGGGGAGCCCCGAAUAAGCUACUAGGCGCGGAUGGCAGUUGGGUUAGACUAUUUUGCGAUGGCGACGGAGGAAGUAGCUCCAUGCCACCCAACAUGCCGUGUGCACCCCCACAUCCGUUCCACCCAAACAUGACGGUAAGAAGAGGGGUGCUCGCGGCAGAGUGUGCCGAAGUUAUGCAGCAGUUCUUUCGACUAAGGAGAAAGAAGAAAACAGAACCGGAACCGGAACCACCAAACCUGCCUUCGUCUAUUAGUGUGUCACAUCAUCAUCAACAACAUCAUUCAAACUUCUUAUCUAAGUUACAUCAUGCCUUCAAAGUCAUCUUUUGUUUAUAGAUCAUAAUAUCAUAUCUUUGUUCUUUUUUUAUGAACUUUAAUUAUUACCAUAUCUCUUUUGUCCAAAGUUUUAGUUUGUCAUAACAAUUAUAUGUAAAAGUGGUAUGGAGCAUUGUGAGACCAACA